AUGUCUGAUCAUGCGUCAAGUCCCUCUAGGCCAGCCACGCCAGUACCAGAAAUACCACAAGUUGCACGUCCAUUCCGCUUAAACUGGGAUACAUCCUCUCGUGUUCGAGGUCCAGGGAGCGUUUCAGAGACUACUGAAGGUCGUGGAGGUGACUAUUUCGCAACACCUUUUCGCCUUGAACUGCCCAAUCUGUCAACGACCAAUAUUGCUCUCGGCGCUUUACCACAGGAAUGGAGUAGCACAACACAGGGAUUCAAUGCGAUUUCAACGGUUCUCAAUAAUCCUCAUAGACGCCAGGCACCUCCAAAAGCCCAUUCCUCUCUCCCAACUGUGCUCCCAGCUAAUUUACCGCGUGUGAAACGCAAGGAUUUCGAUCCGUAUCUUCGAGCCAUUGCGCCGGAAUGGGAGAGGUUUGAGCGAAACAUGCAGCUUGGUCGGGAUGGUCAAGAACAGACGGACGCAUCAUUUAGUUCUCGUGAUUCCACAGACACUCCGCUUACGCCACGCACGCCUCGUGCAGGAAAGCUAAUAACACCACUUAGCUCCGUCCCUCAGGUGUUCUUCGACGCUCAAUUUAAUCUCGGCGACCCACAGAUAUUCAAUGCAGUCAUAGAACACCAGGAAGAAGAUGAAGAUUCCUCAGACCCUUCGUCGCUCUCGUAUUCGCUCCCUCUUCUUGAGAAGCUCUCCCAUCACGCAGAUACUAUCGAACAGCAUCUCGUUCGAGAAAUUUCUCUUCGGUCCACAUCAUUCUUUGCGGCAUUAACCAACUUGCAAGACCUGCAGACCGAAUCGGAAGAAUGUCUUGAUCGGAUAUCGAAGCUCCGUGGACUGCUCAAGGAGGUCGACGAAAAAGGCGCCAAACGAGGACUAGAAAUUGUGAGGACAGAGUGUAAACUGCUCAAUCUCAAAUCUGUCUGUAGUGGUGUCAAAGAGGUCGGGGGCGUGCUGGAGAUGACUGGUGUUGCAAAAGGAUUAGUUGCGGCGGGACAGUGGGGCGAGGCUUUAACAGUCAUUGAAGGCGUAGAAGCACUCUGGGAUCCAGCAGCUGCUGAAGCACAACCUCCAGUUUCAGGCAGGGAAGCUCGCGCAGAACUUGUCCGUGUCCCUACCAAUGGACGAUCGUCUCCUCUUCCAUCUAUGCCGGAAUCGCCUCCCCCAGAAAACGAAGUGACUAGGAAGGCUCCAUCAAUACCACUAUCCUCCUUAACUGCAUUCUCUUCUCUUCCUGCGCACGUUCGUGCAUUGACGAUGGAGAUAACGUCCUCGCUUACCACGGAGCUCGUCAAUGUGCUAAAGCUUGACUUACUAGAUCGAGUGAAUGGAGCACCUGAGCGGAAUGGUAACGUGAAUCUCUCUUUUAAGGAUAGGUUGCGGCCCGUUCUUCAAGGCCUUUUGCGUACCAAAGGGAUUCGCGAAGCCACAGUUUCAUGGAGAGAAGUUGUGACAAGUGAAAUGCAAGGUAUUAUGAAGCAUCACCUUCCGUCUUUCAAUACGGGUGAAGAGGAGUCCAAAGGUCCCAAUGCUGCCUUAAGUGGACUUGCAAAUCUUCUUCGCUCCAAAGAGCAUGGGGAGUUCCUAUCGCUUCUCUCACAGCUGUAUACGAGUCUUCUAAAUGGUAUCAAGGGUAUUCAGGCCCAAAAUGGCAUACUAAUAGAAGUGUUGCAAAGUUUGCUAGCGCCGAAACCAUCAGUAGAUAUCAUCUCAUUUCAAGAAGAACUCUUGGAUAUUCUAUCUUCAACUGCGGACCUCUCGAACAAGCUAGCGGCAAUAGUUAUUGGAUAUCGUUCCGAACAGCAUGCGCAACUUGAUAUACCCGGCUUUCUUACCUUUUUCAAUGCUUCGUGGGGCUUCGUGGUGCAAUGCGAAGUGAUAUGCCGGCGGAUGAUCAUGGGGCUGAGGGGAGUGGUCCUUGGUCAGGCAAAGCACUUCCUACAAGCGUUCCAUCAGGCCCGAAUUAGCCAAUCAGCAAAACUUGUCGAAGACGAGCUUUGGAAUCCGAUGUCGGAAGUGCCUGCAGCACUGCAGCACAUGGCAGAUGUUUUGGUAGAUUCCGCAGUCCGGGAUUCCCCUGAGCUUAUCGUAGGAGAGACAGAUAGCUCGACUUCGGCCCAAAAUCCGUUACUACCCCAACCUCCUUCAAGCAAUCCGAAUGGAUCCGCGCCGUCAUCCAAGUACCUUCGAAUCGAAGGACCGUACUUCUGUGUUUCUGCCACAGGUGCUGUCCUCGGCCUGUUAUUCGAUUACCUUAAGCUUGUCGUAAAUCUGCCCAUGCUUAACAUCGAUACGAUGGGUCGAGUGAUAGAGUUUCUGAAGGCGUUUAACUCCAGGACCUGUCAAGUUGUUCUUGGCGCUGGAGCCAUGCGGUCAGCUGGUCUGAAGAAUAUCACAGCAAAACAUCUUGCGCUGGCGUCACAGUCCUUGUCCAUAAUGAUCGCACUCAUUCCCUAUGUACGAGAAACUUUCCGUCGUCACCUGAGUCCAACCCAGGCAGUGAUGCUAAUCGAAUUUGAUAAACUCAAGAGGGACUUCCAAGAGCAUCAGAGUGAAAUUCAUUCCAAGUUGAUUUCUAUUAUGGGCGAUCGCACUAGUGCACAUGUCAAAUCUUUACAGGCAAGUUUUACGCCCUCUGCCAACGUUGAUUGGGAUCGGCCCAAACAGGGAGAAAGUGUCAAUAAUUACAUGGAACUUCUCGUCAAGGAGACUGUCACACUUCACAAGGUGCUCUCGAGGUACCUGACCGCACCAGUUGUGGAGUAUGUGAUGUCUCAGGUGUUCGCUACGAUCAAUCACCGCCUAUCCGAAGAAUACAGCAAGAUCGACUUGCAAAGUCAAGAAGCGAAAGACAGGAUGCUCGCUGAUGCGCACUACCUUUACGAGAAAUUUUCCGUUCUGAAAAACGUCGGUGCGCCCACAAAUAUGCUCAAGAAUCUGGUUGUGGAAAAGGUUUUGUCUCGGAAGUCGGCGUUCAGUAAUAUCCGAGCCACAGCAAGUCCCAACGAGCGCAUCAAGGGGCUGCUGUCACGGAAAAACAGUGUCAAGCCGGACAAGCCACUACCCGCAGUCAAUUCUUCUCCGACAUCUAGUCCGCUGCCACCACCUCCUCAGGGGGCACCUACCCAUGCUGCCACCGUGGAAGAAUAUCGAAGUGGGAGUCCAACCCUUGAUGUUGUGGUGCCACCCUCACGAAGCAGUUCUCGCGCCCGCGGGAUAACAGACUUCAAACAAGUAGAAUCUUCUUCCGGAGAUGUAGAUGUGGCGGCAAAGGAUGUACUUCCACCCCUUCCCGAUGACGCCAAUCACUCGCUACUUUCAGAAGCCGACACCUCUAACGGUGUCGCUUCUGAGAUGGAAAGUAAUUCCGCAUCGACAGCAUUCCAUAGGAAGGAGGAGCGUGAGAUCAGUGAUAACCACGACGAAGUUCCACCUGCGGUUCCUAUAUUACCUUGCAAUGGCGAUAGUUGA